GAGAGGGAGCGCAGAGUAAAGCCAGGGUGAGGAGAUUGGACCUGCGAGGUGCACAGCCCCUGGUUAUAAGCUGUGGAAGUGGGACGGUACUGGCUGGACUCACUGCGUUUUUACCUCUCAGCCAAGUCCACUAGAAUACCCUUCCUGCCUGCCGGACGGCACUACUUCAAUCUCACUCUACUGUUCGUCACUUGCUCUCUCUUUCCGGCUCUGCCUCUCCUUCCCUCCUACUUUCCACCCGGAGUGGGUGAGCGCCGAGAUUUGGGAAGGUGCUCCUCAGACCCUCUUUUGGUCAGGCUGAAGACAGAGCAGACAGUCUCCCCCUCCAAUCUCUCUCCGUGUCCCUUUCUCAGUCCCUCUCUCUCUCUCUCUCCCUCACUUGCUCAUUCUCUGCGGAAGCACAUGGACUAAAUUUCCUCCAGAGCAAUAGAGAACCAAAACAAAAAGAGAAUAUAUCCCACCUGCAGUUGGUGAAAAUAUUUUAAUUUGUCUGUUGUUGUAAUUUUUUCACUGUUUCCUCUGCAUUUGUAAACAAACCCGGACCAGCUCUUAGAGGCAUUGCCAAGUCGUUUUCUUUUUUUUAAAUUUCCUUUUCGUUCUUUUGAUAUUGGCUGAGCUGACACCAUCCUUAUUUCUCCGGGAGACAUGCGUGGCUGAAGGAGGAGAGGAACCAAAGGACCCACCUGAAAUUAACCCCUCACUGACACCCAGCGCACAUCACAUUCCACCAUCAAUCCUUCAACGCUCAGUGGAGACAAUAGCAAGGUGAAAGCAGCACAGUGGACAUCUAUGCAGUGAAUCACAGGAGACCAGGAAGGGAAACGACCUACAGUCUUGAGACAGUUGCUAGAGGUGGAGACUGGAGCCUGUGAGGCUGAUGACCAUGCUGUUGGCUCCCGCCUUUGUACUGCUACUGCUGGGGGGAGGAGCCCUGGGCGGAGGAUAUCCCCCCAUGCCCCAGAUGAAAUACAUGCAGCCCAUGAUGAAGGGCCCUGUGGGACCCCCCUUUCGAGAGGGCAAGGGACAGUACCUUGACAUGCCACCCAUGGUUGAAGUAAAGGGCGAGCCGGGGCCCCAGGGAAAACCUGGACCCAGAGGCCCAGCUGGGCCACCAGGACUUCCAGGAAAACCAGGACUGGGAAAACCAGGUCUCAAUGGCCAGCCUGGCCCUCAGGGGCCUCCAGGUUUUCCUGGUAUUGGUAAGCCCGGACUUCCAGGUCUCCCAGGAAAGGUGGGCAUGAAGGGAAUGCCUGGCAAUAAUGGUGAAGUUGGGCUCCGAGGUGAACCAGGUCCCAGAGGACUUCCUGGACAACCAGGUCUCCCCGGGCCAGCUGGACUUUCACUAAAUGGCAAACCUGGGCUUCCCGGUGGGAGGGGCCCUCCCGGGUCUCGUGGAGAGCCAGGACAGAAAGGUGGGCCUGGAAAUCCUGGGGAGCGUGGGCUGAAGGGGGAGAAUGGAAAUGGUAAGCCAGGGUUGCCAGGACCCAGGGGUCCAAGCGGGCUCAGGGGCCUUCCAGGGCCAGCUGGUAAUCCAGGUGUGGGCAAGCCAGGACUAAAUGGGCUUCCUGGUCCAUCAGGGCCUAAAGGAGACCAUGGGCCUCCAGGAGGAAUAGGAGAGCCAGGGGAGGCUGGCCCUCCUGGCCUGCAAGGGCAACCAGGGCCCAUUGGAUUGGGCAAACCUGGUAUUGAUGGAUUACCUGGUGCACCAGGUCCACUUGGGCCUAAAGGUGAGCCAGGGAUCAGGGGUUCUCCAGGGUUUCCUGGAACUCCUGGCUAUGGCAAGCCUGGUCUAUCAGGGCCAAAAGGAGACAAGGGCCUUUCUGGGGGUCCCGGCAUCCCUGGAGAUAAGGGGGAGCCUGGGAUGGAGGGAAAAACUGGAGACAUGGGCCCAGAUGGACAGCCUGGACCACCAGGACUACAAGGGCCCAUGGGACUUCCAGGAAAACACGGUAUGCCUGGCCUGAAGGGAGAGGUGGGUCCCCAGGGGCAUCCAGGUCUGCCAGGGAUCAGAGGGGACCAGGGUCCUGGUGGUCUGCCUGGAAAACCUGGAAUUCCUGGUGACAAAGGUCUCCCAGGCCCUAAUGGUGCUAUUGGAAAACCUGGGCCCAAAGGCGAGGCGGGCCACAUAGGCCUGCCUGGAAACCCAGGUCUUUUAGGCAACCCUGGCCCAAAAGGGGAGUCUGGUUUCGUUGGGUCUCCAGGACCAAGAGGCCAGUCUGGAAUCCCUGGUCUUCAGGGGCCUUCAGGGCCAAUGGGGCCACAGGGUAUCCCAGGUCUGAAGGGUGAACCUGGACUGCCAGGUCUUCCAGGACUAGGCAAGCUUGGAGAAAAGGGUGUUCCUGGUCCUCAGGGUCCCCCAGGAAAACCAGGCAACCCUGGACAAAAUGGUAUCCCUGGCCCUCCUGGGCCACCCGGACCCCCUGGCCCAGCAGGAAACGGACAAACUGGGGUGGCUGGGCUAACAGAUUCAGAGCUGGCCGGAGGAGAAGUACCAGACGGGAGGAAUGGAAAACCACAGUUUGGCCGCGCAGAGCUUUCUGCCACCGUAGCACCUGCAUUUACCGCUAUCCUCACUACGCCCUUCCCUCCGUCUGGGAUGCCCAUCAAGUUUGACAGGACACUGUACAACGGGCAGAAUGCCUACAACCCCGCAACCGGUAUCUUCACCAGUCCCAUGUCCGGCGUCUACUACUUUUCCUACCACGUGCAUGUAAAGGGACUCAGUCUGUGGGUGGCGCUGUACAAGAACAAUGUUCCCGCCACUUACACCUACGACGAGUACAAGAAGGGCUACAUGGACCAGGCGUCCGGUAGCGCAGUGCUCGAGCUGAAGGAAAACGACCAGGUGUGGAUGCAGAUGCCCUCAGAUCAGGCUAACGGGCUCUACUCCACUGAAUACAUCCAUUCUUCCUUCUCAGGGUUCCUGCUCUGUCCCACAUAACGCUUGACAACUCUCACCUAGGGUGCCUCCUAGUAUCCCCAUUGCAUAACACCCGCAGCCAUAACAGAAUGACACCACCUGAAUAAAGUUAGCAUCAGCAACAUCAACAACGACAGAAAAGACUUUGUUAACGAAAGACAGAAAGAGUUAAAAAGCAGGAGAAGGAUACUUCAUGCUGUGCUCUGUGUUUUUAUCUCUUUCUUUCAAAUGUCUGUUUUUUAAUGUUUUUUUAGCUUAUAUUAUUAUAAUUAUUAUUAAUGUCAUAAUGUUAUUAUUAUUAUUUUGUCGUUGUCUGUAUUGUUGUUGUUUAUUGGAUUCAGACAAUUAAGUGGCUUACUUUGCAAUGUGUAAGCAACAGCUUUGAGACCUACCCACGUGACUGCACAUCCUGCCCAAAUGCUCUGACAUCAUUAGGAUGACAUCGUUGAACCCUGAUUGGUUCCCCUGGCUGCAGUCACUUCCUGCACAAAAUCCUCAAUUUUCUUCCUGUCUGCCAUUUUAUGUACACUGAUGUUUUAACAGUCAAUUUCCAAUUUUCUGAUGGGUGCUAAUUUCUUGACUCUAUUAGUAGCUGGAUCUAAAAGCAUUGGAUGUUGAUACCAGAAGCAGAACAUUUUUGAUUGUAGCGAUUGCUUGAUCAAUAAUAAGUCAUAUUACAACUUGUGAAACAUCCACUCAAAUUCGAGGAACAAAUAAAGAAAUAGUAAACCCCCUUAGCAUUGUUAGAAAUCUAAAAGUAACCAUGCUUUACCCCUUUCUUCCUAUUUCCUACAAGCAUUUAUAUAUCAACAGUAAAAUGAAGAAGGAAAGAUAUAUUGAAAUAUAUAUAAUAGACUAAUUAUAUUGAAUAGACUAAUUAAUAGAUGUAUGAAUGAAUGUGUAAGUCAAUAAUUAUAUAAUAAAUGAAUGUGUCAGAAAAGUGGACAGAAAGAGUGGCCAAAUAUUACUGGAUCAGUGCCACGUUUCCCUCAAUUGAUCUAUUCUGUGGCUAUUCCCAUCUUCCACAUUUACUGCAGCUCCCAUGUCACAUUAAUUUUGUCUCUCUGCUCAACAAAUAUACCAAAAACAUAAUUGCUAAAACAAUGGCCGCGGCCGAGAAAUGAAUGCCCUUGUGCCUUUUACCUAUUAAAAGGCACACGGGCAUUAGCUUAAGUUAUAAGCAUCAAUCAGACAAAAAAAUUACAAAUCUUGCAGCAUUUCACACUCAUUACAAUUGGCUAAAUGCCAUGCUUCCUGUUUCCACAAAACGACCCCUUAAAGGUUCAAAUAUAUAAAACAGUCCAAAUGAUCUCCCUUACAAUGUUUGGCACUUCAGUUUUUGUACUUUAGUUUUUUUGAUCGAUGUACAGUAGCAAUUCCGAAUCAUCCAUAUUUCUAAUUAUUCAUGUCAUCCAUGAGGAAAUGUUAGCCUAAGUCUUCUGACAGAAUUAGACGAAUGUUUACUUCAGCAAAUGAGCAUUCUUGGAUCUAAUAAUAAUCAUAAGUAGGCUGAAGGGACAUAGAGAGGGUUGAAAAGAGAAAGGAGAGAGACCAAGAGAGACCAAGAGAGUCCCGGAAGUUGUGAAGUCCUGAUUGCAUCACUGUCUCCUGGCUUCGUGGGUUGGGGCAGUGGGGUCAGAUUGACGCACGCACCGUGUGAAUGCUUUGUCUGCACUUCUUUUUCACAGUAUGGGUGUGUAUGUGUUUGUGUACAUGUCUGCUGUUUGACACCAACACUGAACUCCCAUCCGUUAAAAUCUCUCCUGGGUGAAGGAUGAAAUGCAAAGACCGUAGGGCAAUGUUUUUUGAGAUGUUUGGAAUACUUCACCACACAUUUGAAAUGAAAAUGAUUUGGUUCAAAGCGGAUGUGUCUUCAUGAGGUUAAUUAAGUAUUUGCAUGGCCCGACAAGAUUGGCCGAUGUUAAAAUAUAUACUACCGUUCAAAUGUUUUGGGGAAAUUUAGCAAAAUGAAUAGGAAAUAUAGUAAUUGACAAGGUUAGAAAUUAUAAUUUUGAAUUGAAAUAAUAAUUGUGUCCUUCAAACUUUGCUUUUGUCAAAGAAUCCUUAAUUUGCAGCAGUUGCAGCCUUGCAGACUAUUGGCAUUCUAGUUGUCAAUUUGUUGAGGUAAUCUGAAGAGAUUUCACCCCAUGCUUCCUGAAGCACCUUUCACAGGUUGGAUUGGCUUAAUGGGCACCUUUUAUGUAACAUACGGUCAAGCUGCUCCCCCGACAGCUCAGUAGGGUUAUGAUCUGGUGACUGUGACAACACUCUUGCUCAUGCUUAGUUGUGCACCAGUGCCUCCCAUUCCUCUUUCUAUUCGGUUUAGAGCUUGUUGGCGCUGUUCUGUGAAGCAAGUUGUACACAGUGUUGUACAAGAUUCAGUUUUUUGGCAAAUUCUCACAUAGAAUAGUCUGCAUUUCUCAGAAAAUUAAUCGAUUAGCCAGUUUGUGCCUGUAAUCCAUGCCCUCAGCAAUGGACUUGAUUAUGCCCAGAUACUCAACUAGUCCAGUACUCAACUAGUCUACUAGUAAAGAAGACCAAUUUUAUUGCUUCUUUAAUCAGCAUAACAGUUUUCAGCUGUGCUAAUAUAAUUGCAACAGGGUUUUCGAACGAUCAAUUACGAUUAGCAAACACAUCGUGCCAUUGGAACACAGGACUGAUAGUUGCUGAUAAUGGGCCUCUGUAUGCCUAUGUAGAUAUACCAUUAAAAUCAGCCAUUUCCAGCUACAGUAAUCAUUUACAAUAUUAACAAUAUCUACACUAUAUUUCGGAUCAAUAUGAUGUUAUUUGAAUUUACAAAUUAAAGGAUAAGUGACCUCAAACUUUUGAACAGCAGCGUAUAUUCUACUGUAAAGAAAGACAUUUGGUCUGGUUGUAGUUGUGGGCUACAUAUGCCAAAAAGAGCAAGGCAUAAUAAAGAUGUGGAACAUGUUUGCAAAGUAGAAUACAAGUUAUUUUAUAAUACAAACUAUAAGAACCUUUUAAAACAAGGGGGCUAUUGACAAACACUGGGCAGAUUACAAAUCAUCUAGGUAUUUUUGUGCAACUAUUCUGUGAAGUUGGUGGUCAGACUAGAGGUAGGCGUGGUAGAAUCUGUCACGGAAUUAAUGGGAAUCCCUGUCUUGAAGACCAUCAUCUUCCGGUAACCUUGGACACAAGGUCAUAUUACUUCUGGGAGCUUUGUAUUCAGAUUAGAACCUGACGUCAACAUGCAAUUAAAAUGUGUAUUCAGCCCCGCACCCACAAGAAGAACAUGUGCAGCCUGAUGGAUUAUCGCUUCACUGUCUGCAUACAAGAUUAAUCAGAAAAUGCUGUAUUCUCAUUCCUCAUCUUGGAGAAAUGGUCAUCAGUAAUGACUGAGUAGAGCCUUGAGUCUCACAGUAUCUUUAAUGUCAUGCAUGUAAUGUGAGCAAUGCACUCACACAGGUCUCUGUGCUACAGAAAAUACCUAGUUUGUAUACCAUUUUUGCUGUCUGAGUGUACUAGACAACGGAAGGGUUGCCUAUUUUAUUGCCUUGUUCUUUCAGACAUUUGGAAUUGCAUUUUGGAAUUCUGUGGCUUCACCAUUACUCUCCUCUUUUCCUAUUUUUGUCAUAGACUAACUGUUUUGUCACUUGGUUGCAGAGUUUGCAGUGCGAGUGGAAGACAUUUAUCCCAGUGUACUGCCUUGAUCACAAUCUGCUUUGACUUGUUUUCUAUUCAAUUAUUAAAAUACGAAAAUAAAAAUACUUUAAAGUCUUGCUUCGGUUUUAAGGGAUAUUUGUUUGUUAUAGUUUGGAGAUAGAUACAAACGGCCAUUCCCAUUUGCACAUGAAAUUGAUGAAGAUGUAUUUAUACAUUGGUGAUAAUUUAACAGGAAUGCCAAAACUGACCACCGAAGCCUAGAUGGUAUAAAUGGUAUUUAAUAACAUUGAACAAGUUAAGAGCAUUUAGAACACAUAGCAUUCUAGCAUUGUUCGUGAAGGAUAAUUUUUGUGUAUUUUAUUUCUUUUUUGUGUAAUAUACAAUGUAUCAACCUAUAGGAUUGUUGUCUUGUAAAUGGCUAUUGCAUUGACUCUAUGCAAUAGAAUUUGGGUAUAAAAUGCACUCUUUUUGAUUGAAAAUGUUUUGUCUGCUUAUACAAAAUCUACAAUACUUGAUUGUAUUGAUACCACAUCAAUAAAGACUUUCUUGUAAA